GGCUGAUCUGCCAGGGGACUUUCUCCGCAUCUUUGGAGGCUGCCCAUGAGGUGAGCAACCACAUCGUGCACUCGAGUUCAGCUCAGGGGUCGCUUCCUACCCUCUGGGUCCUGCAAUGUGGGAGCCUCGAUUCUGACACGAUCUCCGGCUGCGCGUGCGCGUGUGCUGGGGAGAUUUGUCCUUGCCCAAGAUUGGUCGUGAUGUUUGCCGAGGCCAAGUCCUGUGGAGGAGGUGCAUGCAGGAGGACACCGCUCCAAGAGUGUGGGUAAAUGAAGGCCUUCGACAUGACUGUCCAUAUUAAAAGCCGUCGGCGACCUGCUCUCUGCUCCAUUCUGCCAGUCCCUUGGUCCUUCCUUCCUUACCGCACCCAGCCGCGUUGCAAAAAUGAAGCUCAACUCCGCCGUCCUCGCAAACGCCCUCCUGGGCCUGUGCUCGCAAGCCGCCGCGGCCCCUCCGCCCGCGAGCUGCUACGGGACGUGGACGGUCGAGGGCUUCGCCAAGGACAACCCGAUCGGCAAGACUACGGGCGGCGAGGGCGGGCCGACGGUGACGGUGGACAGCGCGAGCGCGCUGGUGACGGCCGUCAAGGGCACCGAGCCGCGCGUCGUCGUGGUCAAGGGCGACAUCGCGCUGCCGUCGCGGCUCAAGGUCGGGUCCAACAAGUCGGUGGUCGGGCUGGGCGGCACGGCGCACAUCACGGGCGCCGGCAUCGACGUCUACCACGGUGACAACGUCAUCCUGCGGAACCUCAAGAUCUCGCACAUUGUCGGCAACGACGGCAUCACCAUCAGGAACACGACCAGGGUCUGGAUCGACCAUAACGAGUUCUUUUCCGACAUCAGCAAGGGGCCGGAUUUCUACGACGGCCAGGUCGACAUCAUCCGCGCGGCCGACUGGAUCACGGUGUCGUGGAACUACUUCCACGACCACUGGAAGUCGUCGCUGGUGGGCAACUCGGACGCGCUGCGCGACGUGGACCAGGGCCACCUGCACGUCACAUACCACCACAACCACUGGCGCAAUCAGGGCACCCGGGGCCCCGCCGGCCGCUUCGGGCACCAACACAUCUACAAUAACCUGUACGAGGACUUCCACUACCAGGCCAUCCACUCGCGCUCCGACAACCAGGUCCUCGUCGAGGGCAACGUCUUCCGCGGUAACACGACCGAGGCCCUGAGCACCUACGGGCUCGUCAUCCCGAUGGACUCGCCCAACACGUGCCCGUGCGGCGACGAGGAGCUGGAUGGGUUCGCAAACCUGGGUGCCUUGAAUGACUGGGGGCCGGCUACUAUCAACAUCACACAGACAGGCAACUUCACCGAAGCCCCUUACAAGUUCAAGCUGACGCCUCUCGAGCUGGUGGGGGAGGUGGUCAAGAAGGGGGCAGGGAUUGGGAAGGUAUAGGUGGUGAAGAGUGAUCAACCAAGGAAAAGUUAUCAAGCGUCACUGCCACACAUGUAGUGAUGGGACAAGCCUAGCUCUGCAGUCUGGUUUCCAAGCGAGAACGUCCAGUGAUCUCCUUGACUCUCUGUAGUGAAGACCGGUCUCCACAGACAACAGAUUCAAUGCCGCAGCAAUUCGUCAGGCAUCACCUCCAUCCCUAUCGCCCUCCAUGGUGAAAAGGUGCAGUCAAGUCCAUCGCGGCUUUCAACACCGGACAUGCAUAUCUCGGGGUGGGAGAGUGAAUGGCCCCAAAGACGCCAAACAUUGAAUGUAUACGCCUUUGACGCCG